AUGGCGGACAGCAGAGUUUCCCUUUUGGCUGUAUGUCGCUCUCCACCAUCUCCCUCCCCUACCGGCGCAUUUGCUUACCUCGUAUCCACAGAUCAGCCAGAGAACAUACAUGGUCUCGGACUGCCCGAGUUCAUAACCCCAGGUCCUCCUCCCGGUCAACCUCUGCUUAAUGCCGACGAAAACCAAAACCUUGACAACUUCUUCCAUGACUUUGAUAGCAAUGCGAUUGCUGCAUUGAAGCCAGACCACCAUGCUCAAUAUAAUUUCACCCAGGGCCACCCUCAAUACUACAAUAUGCCACCCAUGUUUGUCGGCUCAGAUACUGGCCUGGCCCACCGCUCUGGCAUGGACCCCCACCAGUCGGGUGGGUUUCCAUAUGCCAAUAAUAUGAUGAACGACCACGACAUGGCACUCUUGGGCCAUCCUACCAAUAUUAAUGGUGCGAUGCAGACUGCUCAAUACGCCAACCCUUCAUUUUCCGAUCCCCUACUCGCUCAACUUCAAACUGCUGCUGCAAUGCAACCAACCUACCAUCACACUUGGCCCCAGCAAUUCCCUCAACCGAACGCUCUCAACAUGCCCAUGCAUGGUCGGACCGGUGUUCAAUAUGGCACCGACUUUCGUUUUCAACCGACGGGUUAUGCUGCACCAAAUGUUCCUUCAGACCCUGACAUGAUCCACCCUCUUCAUCCCAUGGAUAUCCUGGAGCCUACCAGCGGCUCCAACACUCAACCCAACACACAGCCUAACACACAGCCUAACACACAGCCUAAUACACAACCUUCGAGUCCUAUCUGGUCUAAAAAGAGGACAUUUGAGGAAUUCCAACAAGAGCCACCAUCCAGGAACGGUUACACUCCUUUACUCAAAACUCAGCUACCCGGGCCUUCCCAGUCAUCCAUUGCUGGCCCUAGCUCGCGAAAACGCAAGUCGGUCGUGAAGAGCGAACCUGGCCGAACAUCUCAACCUGCAACACCGUCAUCCAACAGCAAGCCACAGACCCCUCUGAACUCCAACACUCGGCCGCAACCCCAGUCUGCCGACCACGAUGACGACGCCGAGGCAGAGGAAGAUGACGAUGCCACAGCUGAACAACCUAAAUCACGAUCGCCUGCCCCUUGGCCUUCCUCCAAGGCACGCCCUCCGCGGGUUCACGUCCCACCACCACCCCCCAAACCCCCUCGCAAGAAAAAGUCCAGCACAGGCUCAAUAGCAACACCCGCAAAAUCAAAAUCAAAAUCCCAACGCACGACAACCACAACAGCAGCACAGUCCACCCAAUCGUCAAGGGUGCCAUUGAGCCUAGCCCAGAAGAAAGCCAACCACACAAACUCCGAGCAACGUCGUCGAGACGCAACGGCACGAUCCUACGCCGAGUUAUACGAUCUAGUACCAGAGCUGGAGGACCAGGGCAAGCAGAGUACGAUGAAGAAGCUGGAGCUCGUCGUCGCCAAAGUCCGUACCACGAUGCAACGCGUUGAGGAACUCCGGGUGAAAUUAGGCAUCGAUUCCGCUACGGGCAGACAGAUGGCCCCGCCUGGCGGAUCGAACUUGUUGCACGGCGAAAUCAAGGGCUGGCAGCAGUGA